AUGACUUACGUUUGUGUGCUGGAGAGGCAAAUAUUUGACUUCCUUGGAUAUCAGUGGGCACCUAUCCUGGCAAAUUUUGUACAUAUUAUUAUCGUCAUUCUUGGUUUAUUUGGAACUAUUCAAUAUAGACCUCGUUACAUAACAGGAUACGCUGUCUGGCUAGUCCUCUGGGUUACGUGGAACGUGUUUGUUAUCUGCUUCUACUUGGAGGCUGGGGACCUCUCAAAGGAAACAGACCUUAUCCUGACUUUUAAUAUUUCAAUGCACCGAUCUUGGUGGAUGGAGAAUGGACCAGGAUGUACUGUGACGUCAGUGACACCCGCCCCAGACUGGGCCCCAGAAGACCAUCGCUACAUCACAGUUUCAGGGUGUUUUUUGGAGUACCAGUACAUAGAAGUGGCUCAUAGUGCCCUACAGAUGGUCCUCGCACUGGCAGGGUUCAUCUACGCCUGCUAUGUUGUGAAAUGUAUAACUGAAGAAGAGGACAGCUUUGAUUUCAUAGGUGGCUUUGACUCUUAUGGCUAUCAAGGGCCUCAGAAGACAUCUCAUCUACAACUACAGCCAAUGUACAUGCAAAUUCCCUUGGAUAACAACUGAUAACAAAUUCUAUAUAUCAGCAUCAAGUGAUAUGCUGAAUUGCAAGCGAAGAUCAAAAUAGAAAGUCAAAAUAAUAAAGAUGAAUUCAGUAUGUCAGCCCAUGGACCUUUCAAAGAACUUGUUUCCCAGUGGCCUCCUGCAUUUUAUGAAGAGCAAGAAGCAACUGAGUUUAAUUAUAUAUACAAUUUAAUGAAAGAAACACAAAGCCUCUACACACACACACACACGCACACACACACACACACACACACACACACACACACCAAUUUCACUUGACCUCCUCUUUCUAACUGAAGCAAACAAAUAUGCAGGGCAUGCCCAUCUUGGAUUUCCUGAAAGCAGGCUCUUUUCUUCCAGGCCUUUGGACCGUUCAAAAGGAGACAUGUUGGUGCCCUCUGCUGGUCAUUACUAACUGGUCUGCAGCCCAGCCAGUACGCCUCCUGAGCUAUGAAGUCAUCCAGGGCGCCUUAGUUAGAGAUCCUUGUCUUCUGCACCCCAUACAUCUUGAUAGCACCACAGCUACUUAGGCAACGUAAUUGCAAAAACAAAACAUGCCAUGACGACCUUGUAACCGAAGUCUGAAACUGGCAGGUUGUUGGCCCUAAAGGCUGUACCGUACAUACUUGCCUUAACCCACUUAACGUUGUGUGCCCUAGAAUCUCAGUGCAGACAUCCCCAAGUCACCUCCUUUAGGCUAACACACUGCUAUUAAUUCCGAGUGAGUUGAGUCUGCGUGUUUCACGUCAUGGAACGAGACUGAAUCGCUCAGCAGCUCCAGUGUGUCUGUGUAAGAAAACUGCCAGCUGUCAGCAAAGUGCUUUACCAUUGAGCCUCCACGGCGGCCAAAAAGAGACAACUAAUAAUAACACAAAAACAGUAAUAAUUGUCAUCUUUAUAAUUCUUCCAUAUGGUCUUCUGAUGGGGUUGGGGUAGGGCAGAGUAAAACUUAUUAAUCUACUAAACUCAUUAAUCUACUGAAGCAGAAAGCAAAAAUGGCUUAAUUCAUUGAUUUUAUUUAUUGCACUUAGGUGCUUUUAUAAGUAUCUACAAACGUCUUUUACUAACACAGAAACAACUGUGGGUUUCUAUCAACAGAGGCCAACUGAAUAUGUAUUAGCUAUGUUUACUCUUUUAUAUCUAAUUCAAAUUGAAGACCCUAUGUAGGUGAACUUUUUUUUCUAACUUCAGCGUACGAGAUUAUUUUUUGGGUGGGUGGGGGGAGCAAUAGUUACCUUGGUGAAAUAUUUGAGAUCUCUUUGUGAUAUUUGGGGGAUCUGUUGUGUGUUAGAGUGUAUUUCAAUCCUCCUGUAUUAUUGUGGCAGAAAAACUGUGCUGUUAACGUAGUUGGCAACAAGAUGCCUUUGGAAACUUAAUAGUAGGUCAAUGUGUUUAUGGAAUACUCUGAAAUCCUAGGAAAUUUUGUUCUAUAUUUUCCAGCAUUGUUUGGUUGUCAUUAGUGGAAAACAUACUUAGCUCAGGCUUAUCAGGAACUCAAAUGAGUCAGUAUUUUUGUUAUUUUGGUUUUUCUCUCGUGGAUCCAUCUAAGACUCUACAAUUGACUUUUUUUUUUUUCCUUAAAAAACAAACAUACCAUCUUCAAGUGAAAUUCAGACUGGGAAAGUUAUAAAUUGGCAUGGAGCAAUCUUUUUCUUUGGUUUCUAUAAAUUUGCAGUUAUUGAGUAAGCUUAACUUGGACUUUAUUCCAUCCAGAGCUGCAUAAACCAGUCCCAUUGCUGUGUUUGCAUGGACAUCUGUGAUAUGCACACACACAUACAUUGGGAAAUGAUAAACAAAAAGUUACUAUUGGAACAUAAACUGCAAAACACACAAACAAAAGGUGCCAGCACUCAUGCUUGAGUUUUCUCAGUGGCUUGCAUAUGUUUGUCCAUAUCUCCGUAUAUAAAAUAUACAGUUGCACACUUGUCAGUGAAACCUCAUAUGAUGCUUUUUUAGUGGCAUGCAUGUUUAAUGUACAAGAAAAAUAUUUACCAAUGUAGUGUCCUUUGAUUCCUAAAAUAUAAAUAUUAUCCAUGCCAGAAACUAUUCUGAUGUGACUAUUAAUGUGACUAUUACAAUGAGGUUUCACUGUACACUGACGCUGUGAUGAGAUCCCACCUUACAGCACAUUUACGUGGAUACAGAAAUAAGCCCUCACAUUCCUCCUUUAAGUUGCAGCCAACAUAUCACCAAAUCACUACUCUCACCACCACCCAAAUUUUCAAAAACAGUUGUUGACUACUAAAAAGUAAUCAAUGGACAGGUCUAUUUUGGAAGCAGUAAGCACAGUAGUGUGAUUAUAUCUGGGAAAACAUCUAAGUUGUACAGCUGUAUCCUCCUCAAAAUCCGGUGAAGAAUGCUAUUUUUCUAGGCUGAGCUUUUGUUAUAAACCUAAUAUUCAGAAGGCAAGAGUUACAAUCCUGAUGUGUCCUUUUUCUUUUUCUUUUUUCUUUUUUUUUGCAUUUGUUAAUUCUGAAU